AUGGUUUGGAGAUACAGCGAUCGCAGGCUGUUGCUUGACAUCAGCGACGAGGCUGUCUGUUCAGAUGACCCGGAAGUCUUCAGCGAUGUCAUCGGCAACCUGCAAGUUAUCUCCGCCGAGCUGACACAAUACUGGGAAUCACUGCCCUCCCAGCUCCGCUACGACAUGUACACCGACGUCUCCUGGAAUGCUCUCGACGCCAACAUAACCCCCAUCCUCCACGCUUCCUACCUCGAGUACAUGCAUAUGCACUUUCAGAUCCAACGUAUGCUGCACCGCCACCGCCCCCAAGCCCUCCCCGAUCUCCUCGCCGUCUCCCUCAAACUCCUCGCCACUUCCCUCGCCUGGCCCAAAGCACGAACCGGUACGCACAAAUCCCGCGGCCGCUUCACUACCGUUUACCAUAUCUUCUGCUACCCAGCUGCCGGCCUUCUCGCGCUUGAACUCCGUCGCUGUACAAUCGAGGGCACAUCGCUCCCUAGUACUGUCUCGCGCGCUGAUGUCAUCCGCAAUCUAUCCGUCUUGACGUCGUGCCUGGAGUGGAUUGUCCUGCCGAGCGACGCAAACCACAAGCUUUGUAAUGAGCUGAACAAGAUGCUCGCCAUGAUUCUGGACGAAGUACUUAAUUACCAGCCGCCUGUGCCCAAUGAUGUUGAUGCAAUGAUGGGCUCGGUCAACGCGCCUGGUUUCUUCGAUAUGCCAAUGAUUGAGGGCUUGGAGCCGAUUCCGACGGAGGCGGAGGACUUUUUGAAUUGGUUGGAUCAUGCGACGUGGAGUAAUAACGUUACUUUGUUCUGA